UCGGCCCGCAAACACGUCCCUGACUGCAACAACGACGACAUCGCCAGCCAUUGCGCGCACCCAACUUUUCAAUCAACGCCAAGAUGGCGACAAUCCAGCCAAAUGACACGGAUAUGUCUAAUACAGGCACUCUGCCCUUCUCCAGCAUCCCCGACCUCGACCCUCCUCUUACGCUCAAGAAGUCUACUGCCGAACGCAGACCACGUAUCGAUGUCGAGCCCCUUUAUUCGGCCGUAAAAGGCGCAAUAAACGAUACCGAUUGGACAACUUAUAAGACAAGUUUGACGCAAUUCCUCCUCGGCAACCUCAAUCAGGAGGAAUUGAGCUUCAAGCUGGGCAAGAUACUCAAUACUCUUGCACUAGAGCAUGCACACAAUACGCUGGUCGCCGCGAUCUACGCGAACAUAUGGCGCGACGUGCCUGAGGCUGGUAUCGCCAGCUGGGUGUCGAGUACAGACAAGCCAUCAAGCAGUACAGUCAAGGGGCAAGGGGAUGAGAGCGAGAAGAGACUGAAAUAUGAGGUUAUGCAAUUGUCAAGGAGGGAGAGGAAGAGGCUGAAGACUAUACCUGCGGCAGAGACUGUGUCUGUGGGAGGGCAGGACGGAGCAGCGGCCGGCGCAUUAGGCCCCGUAAACGAGCUGAUUGAGAUGAAGAGAGGGAAACAGCCGGAGGUUGGUCCAGUGGGCCCAGCGGGCGGUUACAAGACGAACUGGGACAUCGAGAUUCGAAAGCGCUACACUGCGCCCCUAUUCAGCGAAACCCACGAAUUCCCUACCGCCUCCUCCAUAUCCGCGCGCCUCCUCCCCUCAUGCUACGAAUUCGGGCUCCCCCAGGGCCACAGCCCCGACUGCCCCGACCUCAUGAACCUCGCGACCGAGACCUUCAUCAAAGAAGCCCUAGUCUCCUUCCUCGGCAAAGUCGCCACCAAUGGCGACGGCUACGUGCGCACCGGGGCCUUCAAGAAGCGCGUCGAGAAAGAAGAAGCUCUGGCCGACCGCGGCGAGCUGACCCGCGACGCCAAAGGCGACCUGCCCGUCGAGCAGGAGGAGCGCCGCAAGCGCAAACUGCUUUGCAUGGAGGACCUGCGCCUCGCGCUGCAGCUCGGCGACGGAUAUCUGGGCCAGGCGCCCAUCAUCGCGGGCAACAUCAUCAACGCCUCGUUCCUUGAUGUACCGGGCAUCGAGGACGUGUAUCCCGCGCCGCAGAAGAAGCGGGACAGGCCGAAUGGUAUUGUUAAUGGUGUGGGGCAGGACAAGAGUGGGCUGGCGAGGUGGCUGGGCGAGGGCAUCACGGUGGAUUUCAAGACUGCGGGCGACACGGAUCGGAUGCAGAUCGAUGGGGACGAUGAGAUGGCGCACUGGAACGGCGGGAGUGUGGGCGAUGUAGCGGAUUUGGACGGCGCGCUGGACGACGUGCUGAACUUGGGGGAUAUGUGAGCGUUGGGACGCUGGCGCGGCGCGGUUGCGCUUUGCGGCGUCGGCUUUGUGCUUUGCGCGUUGCGUUUCGCGCUGCGCUAUUUGGACUACGGGCCAUGCUUUGUGGCCUUGGCUCUUGUUUUGUAUGCUGCAUGGGACGGAGUCUAGCAUUUUCGGUUGGCGUACGGGCCGUGGACGAUACCCUUUGGGACGGAGUGUUGAUCUUGGUUAUGUGCGAUUCAAUGCACUGUGGGCGCUCGGUUGGUACGAGUAUAGAUGGGGACGAUAAUGUACUUGUUAGGCAGUGCAAAAUUCUGGUACACAUUCAUUGGUGGUUCUUUUGAUCUGUUUUUCCUACUCUCUGGCGUCCUUCGCAAUGUCGA